AGUAUGCAGGAAAUUCUUUAGUAGAAGAAGACAGCAGUCUGAAGUGGCUAGAUAAAUGCUAGCAAGGUAACACUAAUGCUUGUUCUCUCUGUUGGACGUUGUUCCCUAUUAAUGACUCGACAUGGGCAAGAGAGACAAUCGAGUGGCUUAUAUUAACCCCAUUGCUGCUGCACGAGCCAGAGGGCCAGUACAGAACUCUGGACCGACCAUCCAGGAUUAUUUAAGCAGACCUCGACCAACAUGGGAAGAACUGAAAGAGCAACUGGAGAAGAAGAAAAAGGGCUCUCGAGCUCUGGCUGACUUUGAGGACAAAAUGAACGAGAAAUGGAGGAAAGAGCUAGCAAAAAACAGAGAAAAAAUGCUAGGUGGAAGCGACAAGGACAAAGAAAAGACAAAAAAACAACUGACAAAGAAAAAGAGGAGAAAAAGGACAAGAAAGAGAAAAAGAAGAAAGAAAAGAAGAAAUCUAACAGGCAGCUCCUCCUCAGAGUCUGAAGAUGAGGACGAAAAGAAGAGCAUGAAGAAGAAGCGCAAGAGAAAGAAGACAUCGGCCAGGAGACCGUCAGAGAGCUCAGAAGAAGAAUCCGAUGCUGAAAGCAAGAAAAGGAAAAGAAUGAAGGAAGAAGUGGACAAAGACAAGGAUGAGAAGGCUCGGAGGAAAAAAAGGAAGGCUGAAAGAAGUCAUAGAGAUUCAUCCUCAGAGUGGUCUGCUGACUCGGAUGAGGAAGAGAUGACUGAAGCCAAGAAGAAAAGGAGAAGUAGUGAGGAAAAGGAGAAAUUCGCAGACAAAUCCAAGAAGAAAAGGAAAAAGAAGCACAAGAAACACGGCAGAAAAAAGAAAAAGAAGACAGCGUCUCAGUCAGACUCAGAGCUCGACUAGGAACCGUAUUUUCGUGGUUCUCUCAUCCUCCUGACAGAUCACUAGUAGUGUCAUUUUUGCCUUUGACUACCAAAAACUUCUCCCAUCCAGCUUCGGUCAUCACACUUGAACAAGGAGACCUACAGACUUGCUGGAUUGCAGUGUGUGAAGUGAACAUGAGGGAGGCACCGUCCCUCUUAAAUGACAACUACCGGUACAUAUCUUUCGUUGCUAAUUUUUUUUUUAUCAUCAUGCUUUUUGUAGAUUAAAGUUCAUUAAGUUACACUCAGCAACAGGACUGAAGUGAUUUCUGCAUUUUCCCACCCUUUUUUUUUUUUUUUUUAAUUUUCGUCAUGGAGAUUUCAGAGUGCCUGGCACUCAGCACCACCUUCAGUAUGCUGGUCCUCUUUAGGAGCUGCUUCCUCUGCUUCAUACCCGACAUCCUCCAUUGCUACAUGAGGCUGAUAAGCUCGUGCCUGUGUCAUGCAUGUAGACUCGAGGACCUGAUGUCUCGCCAGCCUCAUAUUGAAGUUGGAUCUGUUAUAAGAAAUGUGAGCUACACAGUCGACGGUAAUACAAGGGAUAAUUGUUUUAUUAGAUGAGUUGUUACACUGCAGUGUAAAUGUAUAAACAAUGGAAUUCAUUAAUAAAGUAUUGUUUUAGCCUUU